ACCUAAUGGAGGCCAAGUUCUCCUCCCCGCCUCGGUCGAACGGAGGAGCGACGCAGGCGGCCGGCGGAGCCUCGAAACACCUCGUCGACCUCCCCUCCCGCGGCCUCUUCUCCUCCCCGGUGUUGUCUUCCACUCCGGGGACAAUGCGCGUGUAUGUUUGCGAGCGUGAGACGGCGCCACCAGAGGAUCAAUUAAUCAAGACAAACACAACAAACAUAUUGAUUAGAGCUCUCCAAAUCAACAAGCAAAAGAGCGAGUUGAAGGAUGUAACUGCUAAAUCUUCAACGGAUGGCUGUAAUGGUAAAAGAUCUGUCCGAACUACAGAGGGAAGGGCUCCACCAAAAAAGAUCAAAGGGAGUUCGAGCACUGAAUUCUCGGAGCACACCUUUCAGACAAUGUCUGUUGAAAGAUUGCGUUUGCUUCUGAAGGAAAGAGGGCUCUCACCAAAAGGGAGAAAGGAUGAAUUGAUUGCGCGCCUGAAAGAUGAAUUGUAGUGGAUGCCACGAACGAAUUAGUUGAACGAGAUUCGGUAAAAUGAGUAAAAUUUGGAUCUCGUCUUCAGCCAUGGUGCCCGUUGUAAUGCUAGUGUCAAUGGACUCGAUAUAUUAGUGUGCUGCUUUGUUUUGUCUAUCAUGAAAUGGAUGUUGUAAAGACCAAAGAGUAUCCAUCUUCUUUUUGUUCUUUUUAUCAUGAAUUCUAACUUCAAGUAUGGAUUCAGAUGACUAUUUACUUUCAUUUUUGUAUGAAUCAAAUAACUUUGAAAUCAA